UUCUUGGGCGAUAGAGCUUGGAAAGCCGUCUAAUAACUCGAAAAAAAAACAUCAUUUUAACGUUGGUAGACUUCUGCGCGUUGUUGACAAAUUGGCAAAGGGUUAUUGCUUCAUUUUAAAAAACGAGAGUAUGACAUCGAUUCAAGAAAAAUUUCACGGCGAAAAACGAGGAUCACGAGACAGUUGCAUCACGAUAUCAGAACAUUGCAGCAGUAAUGUUGCCGAGUUUUUGUUUUGUCAAAUUCCAUAUUUGCACUCCAUAUUAAAGGUUUGAGUGUGAGUUAUGACAUGGGUAGGUCAGUAAAUAAUCCACUGAUUCAAGCAAUUAUUUGGCUUUUAUCAUUUUAAAUUGAGUUAUAAGCACUGCUUCAUAUUUUAAAUCGUGUCCAUAUUUUUUUGUAUACUCGUAUUAUUCUUAUUUUAUUUUUUGGUGGGUGGGCACGUACUUGUACGUUUUUUAACUUUAUUUUAAGAUAUGCUCGAAGUUAUGCUCGCCUUCCAGGUAUCUCUGUAUUUGUUGUCUGUUUACUUUUUUGUAUUAUUGCGUUUUAGUCAGAGAGCCGAGAUAAAAUGAUUGAUAGAUUCAACAGCGAAAUUAACUACCGUAUUCAUCUACCUGGACUACUAAAUAUGUAGGAAUUUAUUGUUUGUUUGAUGAUGUUGUAAUGUGAGACGUGCGUACAGAUGCGAUAAUUGAAGAUGCCUGGAUGCGGACCAUAAACUCUGAAAGUAAAUAAUAAUCUGAUAACAGGAUAUUAACGAGUAACUUUUGAAAAUGAAAUACUAAUAUUUAAGACACUCAACGAGCACUGGAGCAUAUGAUAUUCUUUUUUUUAAGUUCUCAAUCCGGACAUAUGAUACUGUAAUUAUGGGUGAAAGUGUUGCUUAAUUUCUCACUGCCUUAGGGCUGUAGGGUGGUUAGCUCAUGUAACUGCUGGUCGCUUACCGGACUGCUUUCUCUAUCAUCAAGUCCACGCAACUGCAUAACAAAUAGUGCAACCAAGAUCAUAGCCAGCCCAAAAUAUCUUGAAGAAUCUCGAUACAGACUUAUUUCGCUGUCUAAAUUAUCCAAGCUAGAAAAGUGCAAAUGGCUUUCCUCUCUUGUAAGUUAGACAUGGAAAUCUUAUGAUAUUCUCUAAGCCUAAAUUCAUUAUUUUUAAAAGGCCAAUAUGACCCACUAAAAAUUCAUGUCAAAUAGGGAAAUUAGUGUGUAAUUUCUAACACAUCAAAUCAAACUGUAUUGCAAAGCUAUUAUUUCAGAUUGUCAUUUAUUCAUUUGUAUUUGUUCACCUCAGUUUUCAGGUUUUUGUUUGUAACUAGUUAAUUUAUGAAAUGCUGUGGAAGAUAUGUAUUUUAGGCACAGUUGUACUGUUAAGUAUAGCUUCAUGUCCGGUUGAAAGCAGGACAACACAAACUGAUAUUGUGAAAGGUGUAAUCAGAAAUGCAUUCACAGUGAAGGAUGUGAAAUGUGGCAACACCACUUCAACCUGCAAUGACAAUUACACAUGUUGUAUGAUUACACCCACUGUAUUUGGGUGCUGCGACCUAAAAGAGGCAGUCUGCUGCGAGGAUCAUAAAAGCUGUUGUCCACAUGGAUAUAAAUGUGAUAUUGAACAUAAAAAAUGCAUCCCUACUUUAUCUGGUGAUGCUGUUUCUCUCAAAUUAUUGUCAACAGCAAAUGGAAAGAAAGAAAAUGUCAAAAAUGUUCAAAAAGAUGUCGUGUGUCCUGAUAAAAUUUCCUAUUGUCCAGAAAACACGACUUGUUGCUCCGUUGGGAAGGGACAAUACGGAUGCUGCCCCUACCAAGAGGCUGUCUGUUGUAAAGAUGGCGUCCAUUGCUGUCCGAAAGGCUACACUUGUGAUUUGGUAGACCAAUCAUGUACAAAAUCAGAUCAUAAACUUAAACUAGAGAAAAUUGUAAUGAAUAUUCCUGAAAUUUCUAUAAAGAAUUUACGAAAUCUAGGCUCCAUAACAUGUCCUGAUAGAAGAUCCCAAUGUCCUGAUGGUACUACAUGCUGUAAACUUGCAACUGGUACUUAUGGAUGCUGUCCUAUUGAACAUGCUGUUUGUUGCGAGGAUGGACUCCAUUGUUGCCCCAAUGGUUAUAGAUGUGAUACAGGCGCUGGAACUUGUGUAAAAUCAGGAUCAGAAAUUAGAAUGCUAACAACAAUUGUGUCACAGCAAAUAUUAACCACCGCAAAGAUGGAUGUACAUGAUACAGUCGACAGCUCUACAUGUUCUGAUGGUUCUCAAUGUCCCGGAAUAGAAACAUGUUGCAAACUCAAAUCUGGUGCAUGGGGAUGUUGUCUCUAUCCUAAUGCAACAUGUUGUGUGGACGGUGUUCAUUGCUGCCCAAGCACAUACAAUUGUGUGAGCGGAAAAUGCGUCAAAAAAGGAGAAAUUAUAGUUGAAGCUCUUGAAAAAGUACCAGCUGUGAGAGUUUCGAAUGUGAUCUGUCCUGAUGGUCAAUCAGAAUGUCUAGAUGGAAGUACUUGCUGUAAAUUAGGUUCUGGACAAUAUGGAUGUUGCCCUAUUCCUAAGGCUGUCUGUUGUGCGGAUGGAAAACACUGUUGUCCCCAAGGUUAUGCUUGCCAUGUUUCAGCAGGAACCUGUGUGAAAGGACUGGAAACAAUCAAGGCAUUGCUGAAGAUACCAGCAUCGGUUCCAAAUGUGAUCUGUCCUGAUGGUGAAUCGCAAUGUCCAGAUGGAAGUACAUGUUGUAAAUUAAGUUCUGGACAAUAUGGAUGUUGCCCUGUUCCUAGGGCUGUCUGUUGUGACGAUGGAAUGCAUUGUUGUCCUGAAGGUUAUACUUGUCAUGUUUCAGCAGGAACAUGUACGAAGGGACUUGAAACCAUCAAGGCUUUGUUGAAGAUACCAGCAUCAGUUUCAAAUGUGAUCUGUCCUGAUGGUCGAUCAGAAUGUCCAGAUGGAAAUACAUGUUGUAAAUUAAGUUCUGGACAAUAUGGAUGUUGCCCUGUUCCUAGGGCUGUCUGUUGUAAGGAUGGAAUGAAUUGUUGUCCUGAAGGUUAUACUUGCGAUUCAGCAGGAAGAUGUACGAAGGGACUUGAAAAUAUCAAGGCUUUGCUUGAGAUACCAGCAUCAGUGCCCAAUGUGAUCUGUCCUGAUGGUGAUUCCGAAUGUCCAGAUGGAAGUACAUGUUGUAAAUUAAGUUCCGGACAAUAUGGAUGUUGCCCUAUUCCCAAGGCUGUCUGUUGUAACGAUGGAAUGCAUUGUUGUCCUGAAGGUUAUACUUGUCAUGUUUCAGCAGGAACUUGUACGAAGGGACCUGAAAUCAUCAAGGCUUUGUUGAAGAUACCAGCAUCAGUUUCAAAUGUGAUCUGUCCUGAUGGUCGAUCGGAAUGUCCAGAUGGAAAUACAUGUUGUAAAUUGAGUUCUGGACAAUAUGGAUGUUGCCCUGUUCCUAGGGCUGUCUGUUGUAAGGAUGGAAUGAAUUGUUGUCCUGAAGGUUAUACUUGCGAUUCAGCAGGAAGAUGUACGAAGGGACUUGAAAAUAUCAAAGCUUUGCUUAAGAUACCAGCAUCAGUGCCCAAUGUGAUCUGUCCUGAUGGUGAAUCGGAAUGUCCAGAUGGAAGUACAUGUUGUAAAUUAAGUUCUGGACAAUAUGGAUGUUGCCCUAUUCCCAAGGCUGUCUGUUGUGAUGAUGGAAUGCAUUGUUGUCCUGAAGGUUACACUUGUCAUGUUUCAGCAGGAACUUGUACGAAGGGACCUGAAACCAUCAAGGCUUUGUUGAAAAUACCAGCAUCAGUUUCAAAUGUGAUUUGUCCUGAUGGUCGAUCGGAAUGUCCAGAUGGAAGUACAUGUUGUAAAUUGAGUUCUGGACAAUAUGGAUGUUGCCCUGUUCCUAGGGCUGUCUGUUGUAAGGAUGGAAUGAAUUGUUGUCCUGAAGGUUAUACUUGCGAUUCAGCAGGAAGAUGUACGAAGGGACUUGAAAAUAUCAAAGCUUUGCUUAAGAUACCAGCAUCAGUGCCCAAUGUGAUCUGUCCUGAUGGUGAUUCCGAAUGUCCAGAUGGAAGUACAUGUUGUAAAUUAAGUUCCGGACAAUAUGGAUGUUGCCCUAUUUCAAAGGCUGUCUGUUGUAACGAUGGAAUGCAUUGUUGUCCUGAAGGUUAUACUUGUCAUGUUUCAGCAGGAACUUGUACGAAGGGACCUGAAACCAUCAAGGCUUUGUUGAAAAUACCAGCAUCAGUUUCGAAUGUGAUCUGUCCUGAUGGUCAAUCAGUAUGUCCAGAUGGAAGUACAUGUUGUAAAUUAAGUUCUGGACAAUAUGGAUGUUGCCCCGUUCCUAAGGCGGUCUGUUGCAAGGAUGGAAUGCAUUGUUGUCCUGAAGGUUAUAAUUGUGAUGUUUCAGCAGGAACAUGUACAAAGGGACCUGAAACCAUCAAGGCAUUGUUGAAGAUACCAGCAUUGAAUGUCAAUGAAAAAACAUGUCCUGAUGGUAAAUCUAGAUGUCCAGAUGGAACUACUUGUUGCAAAUUACAAAGUGGAGAAUAUGGAUGUUGUCCGUUAGCAAAAGCUGUUUGUUGUUCUGAUGGUGUGCACUGUUGUCCCAAUGGUUACACGUGCGAUUCAAGUAGUGGGACUUGUUCCAAAGGAUCUGAAGUUAUCAAAGCAUUGACAAAGAUCGCUGCAAAAGGUAUCAAUGACGUCGUAUGCCCUGAUGGUCACUCUUCGUGUCCAGAUGGAAGUACCUGCUGUAAACUAUUUUCUGGACAAUGGGGUUGCUGUCCUUUGCCGAAAGCUGUUUGUUGCAAUGAUGGGGAACACUGUUGUCCAGCAAGUUAUAGUUGUGAUACAACUGGAGGAACAUGUACUAAAGGAACCGAAACAAUCCAAUCCGCAUUGAAAAUAUCUGCUAUGGGAGCUAAUUCUGUUACCUGUCCUGAUGGUCAGUCACAAUGUCCAGAUGGAACUACUUGCUGUAAAUUAUCUUCUGCACGAUGGGGAUGCUGUCCUUUACCAAACGCUGUUUGUUGCAAUGAUGGGGAACACUGUUGUCCAGGAGGUUAUACUUGUGAUACAACUGGAGGAACAUGUACUAAAGGAAUUGAAACCAUCAAAUCAUUGCUGAAAACGUCUGUGAUUGGUCUCAAUUCUGUGAUCUGUCCUGGGGGCCAGGCUCAAUGUCCAGAUGGAACUACUUGCUGUAAAUUAUCUUCUGGACAAUGGGGUUGUUGCCCUAUUCCUAAGGCUGUUUGUUGCAAUGAUGGGGAACACUGCUGUCCCGAAGGUUAUACUUGUGAUACAACUGGAGGAACUUGUAUUAAAGGAACUGAAACAAUCAAAUCUUUAAUGAAAACAUCUGCAAUUGAACUCAAUUCUGUAAUCUGUCCUGGUGGUCAGUCUCAAUGUCCAGAUGGAACUACAUGCUGUAAAUUAUCUUCUGGACAAUGGGGAUGUUGUCCUAUUCUUCAUGCCGUUUGUUGUAAUGAUGGGGAACACUGCUGUCCUGAAGGUUAUACUUGUGAUACAACUGGAGGAACUUGUAUUAAAGGAACUGAAACCAUCAGAUCAUUGUUGAAAACAUCUGCAAUUGGUCUCAAUUCUGUGAUCUGUCCUGGUGGCCAGGCACAAUGUCCAGAUGGAACUACUUGCUGUAAAUUAUCUUCUGGACAAUGGGGUUGUUGCCCUAUGCCUAGGGCUGUUUGUUGCAAUGAUGGGGAACACUGUUGUCCAGAAGGUUAUACUUGUGAUACAACUGGAGGAACUUGUAUUAAAGGAACUGAAAUCAUCAAAUCAUUGUUGAAAAUAUCUGCAAUUGAAGUCAAUUCUGUAAUCUGUCCUGGUGGUCAGUCUCAGUGUCCAGAUGGAACUACAUGCUGUAAAUUAUCUUCUGGACAAUGGGGAUGCUGUCCUAUUCUUCAUGCCGUUUGUUGCAAUGAUGGGGAACACUGCUGUCCUGAAGGUUAUACUUGUGAUACAACUGGAGGAAGAUGUACUAAAGGAAAUGCAAUAGUUGAGGCCUUAACGAAGAUAACAGCAAAUGGUUUACGUGAUUCUGAACAUUGGUGUCCCGAUGGCACGUCUAAAUGUCCGAAUGGAACCACCUGCUGCCAUGUUGAAACUGGCGAUUGGGGAUGUUGUCCUUUUGAGAAUGCUGUCUGUUGUGGAGACAAAAUUCAUUGCUGCCCCAAAUAUUAUACCUGUAACAUGACGGAAAAUUUGUGUAAUAAAAAGAAUAGCAAAAGUGUCGGUAUGGGUGUGAAACUAGUUAAUCAAAAAAAACAAAUUACUCCUCUUUCUACUCUGAAACCUGCAACAAGGAACAGCUUCUUGGACAUUCUUAUCAAGCAUGGUGUAUGGGAAAAACACAAGGGCAAUUGUGUAAUGUGUCCUGAUGAUUCUGAAUGUCCGAACUUCAGUACUUGUUGUCAACUUCCUGAUGGAAAGUAUGGUUGUUGCGGACAUCCAUCUGCCGUAUGUUGUUCAGACCAUUUGCAUUGCUGUCCUCACGGCUUUGUCUGCAAUUUGAAGAGUAGCAAAUGUAUCGGCAGGCAAGAUACCGGGAGUGAACCUUUGACGAAAAUGACGAUUGACGAUCGCUCAUACAAUAAUGAGAUUUCUGCUGGAUUGGAUGAAAUGUAAACUAUAAACCUAUGCAUUUACAAUAGUCUUGUGAUUUUCAUAUUUUUUCCAGUAUAAUAGUAUGAAAUAUUGCUACUAAGGUCCGUUGAUUAAUUUUUAGGGGACGUUAUCUUACAAUUUAAUUUUAUUUUCUAUAAUAUCAAUAAUAUGAUCUCGUUGAAGCCAACUAGCCUUGAACCUAGACUUGAAUUUUUUUUUCAAGCUAGGUCGCAUUUCAAAAUGUCGAGCCCUUUAAAAUCCAUUUCACGUUCUAAUAUUCUAUUUCUAACGUCUUUUAGAAUAUAACAGUUUGAAUACAGAUUUGCAUAA